GAGAUACUUAAGAGUUAAGAUAACAGUUUAAGUUGUAUUGAUAACAAUUUAAUAUAAGACGGACGGGCUUAAAAUUAUUUUAGAUAGUCCUUUCCUGUAAUAGAAGAGUGUUAUACAUAGUACCUUUAUGAUUCGUCCGUCAGUGAUAGUAGUUUUAGGUUUUCUGUUGCAGCUUGCUGCUUCAGUUGAAGAACAAUGUGAGAGCAGUUCGAUUGGAAAAACAUUGAUAGAUCAUGAAGAUUGUCAUGGAUAUUAUUUAUGUCACAGUGGACAUAAGUUACAGCAAUAUUGUGCACCUGGUAUGAAAUAUAUGCACGAAAUUCAGACGUGUGUAGUUGGCAAGUGUCCACCUUGUAGUUGUGAUAACCCAACGGAACCAACUCCAAGUGAGCCAUCAUCAACAACUACUGAGUCUUCGCCUAGUCCAGAUCCAACAGAAUCUUCGUCAACAGAAACGUCAUCCGUAUCAACUGAGUCUUCUACAUCAACUACUGCAGAUUCUUCAACGUCGGAGUCUUCAACAGCUGAAUCUUCAUCCACUACCGGGUCUACCGAAUCUUCAACAGAUUCUUCGACAACAGAGAGUUCAUCAUUAUCAACUGAACAAUCAACAUCAACUACUGAAGAUUCUUCAACGUCGGAGUCUUCAACAGCUGAGUCUUCAUCUAGUUCCGAAUCUUCAACGUCAAGAACAGAGACUUCAACAUCAACCACAGAAGAUUCUUCAUCAUCGGAGUCUUCAACUACAUCGGAAGGACCCACACCAACCCCACAUCCAGUAAGCUGUAAAAAUGUACCGGAUGGAUCGUUUUUCGCCGAUCUAGUACAUUGCCGUGACUAUUAUGUUUGUCGAAAUGGACAACCAGUUUUGUUGCAUUGCCAACUUGGAACUUGGUUUGAUGAAAUAAAUAAUGUCUGCAACUUCCGUCAUUUGGUCAAUUGUCCCGCAAAUAUUGACUAAAAUGAAGAAAGUUUAUGAUUGUAUUCGCUUAGUGAAAUAUUUUAUGUAGUUUUAUCACUAAAGAUUUUAGUACAUUUAUCUUUAUGACUCAAUAAUAAAUUACUCAUAAAAAACAAA